AUUGGCGUCUUUAAUUGUUAUUAAAACGAUAGUAAAAGCUUGUAAAAUAAAGAAAAAAGUAUUUAAAAAUAAUAAGAAACCUGUAUGGAUUAUUUUACAAUAAACAAGUUAUAAAUUAAGCGAGUAGAUUCUGCUUAAAUACAAUUUAUUUUUCAUGGACAAAGUGUUAUUAAUUCUUUAAUUGAUUACGAUUAGAACGGUAAAGCGCAGGAAAUGAGACGAUAGAACAAAGAAAUUGCGCCAAAACAUAACAAUUUCAUUUAAAUUAAUAGAUAAACUCUAAUAAGAUGGUGUUUUUAAAAGUGUUUAUUCAAGAAUAAUAAAUCGUUUUCUGUUUACAAAUUUAAAAUGAAAAAGUGAAAUUUUGUGUUAAAAUUUAAUUAUUGUCUUGAAAAUAAGAACAUUUUUGGAGGAAACUAGUUUUUUGAAGAUUUUUGAGACUUUUUUAUACAUUGCAAAGUUUAACUCGUCGCUAUUAACAAUGUCCGAAGAAGCAGAAGAUAUUUUCUUUCGUCCCUCUACCUCCAAUGAGGAAAGUUCUACAAAUGAUUCCUUUAACGAUGAGUUGCCUCCACGUAUAAUAUUAGUGUGUUUCCUAUGCUUUCGCGAAUAUGAUUUGGAAGAGGAUUUACGUGGUCAUAUGAUAGAAUAUCACAAAUUUAAUCUUAAAGAAGAACCUGAACAGAAAAUCUCUAAAACGGAAACAAAAGUAAAGCUCACUCCGGUAGAAACUGCAGAGCAGGUUGAGAAAGCAGCGACCGAAAUGAAAGAAGAAAAUAUUAAACCUGUACUUGAGAAUGAAAUGAAACCGGUACCAUUUAAAGAUUUUCGUUUAAUACUAAGAAGUGAAAUGUCCUUAAAAUGCAAUGAAUAUAGCAAUUGUAUAUAUAAAUUUGAAACUCCCGAGAAGUUGAAACAACACAUGGAUUGUCAUGCUACAGAUAAGUCUACAUUUCAGUGUUAUAUUUGCUCAGUGGCUCUUAGUAAUUGGAGACGUUGUUCGGCUCAUUUAUGGAAAAUGCAUCAAUUGGAUGUGGAUUUGUUAAAAUGUCCCAUUUGUGACUUUAAAUCACAUGCUUCAGCUCUAGUCUGGCGCCAUAUGAGAGUCCACAAAAAGUGGCGUCCUAGGGUUUUGCGCUCCUUAAAGGCUGUCAAACAAAGACGUUUGGAAGCUUUAAAGCAAAAUGAUGCAACCAUAGAGCCAGUAACUCCUAAACCUCCAACUCCCCGGAAAAAUAAAUACUACUCCGAAAAGACUUGUGAGAUUUGUGAACGUAAAUUUGUUAACGGCAAAACUCUCUCGAAACACAUUAAAACUGUACACAAUAAAAUCAAACCUUUCAAUUGUAAUAUUUGUGGCAAGAAGACAGCCAGGAAGGCCAGUUUAAUAAUUCAUAUGCGUCAACAUACCGGCGAAAAACCUUUAUCCUGUAAAUCAUGUAAAUUUUCUACACGUGAUCCCAGUGUCUUACACAAACAUCAAAUGCGUCACGAAUUGGCUGGAAAAUUAAAAUGUUCUUUGUGCGAUUACUCGUGUAUUCAAUCAAAUGCCCUUAAACGUCAUAUACGUCUAAAUCAUGUGGAAUAUUAUAAGGAAAUAUCUUGUGAUUUAUGUAGUUUUGUUACUAUCAAUGUGAACAAAUUAAAAGCUCACAAAGAGGAUCAUCGCAAGGGUUUGAUAGUUAAUAAUGAAGAUUCAAUGCCGGCCAGAAAGAUGGUGAAAAAUAAUGAGGUUUCCACCGAUUGUUUUUUACCUUUGGAAAGCAUCGAUUCUUUGCCACAUGAACCGGCUGUUGAUACUGGUGGUGUUACCAUACCAGCACCCUCAGAGGACUCACAAUUUCCUACUUAUUUAAAUAAUUAAAACAAAACACUUGUUUGUCUUUAAUUUUUUUACUAUUUAUUUCAUUUUUUUCUUUUAAUUGAUUUUAUGAUAUGAUUUGCAA